GCGUGCGUGCGCGCGGGGGCUUGUGGGACCUUCUGGGGCCCACGCUUCUCUCUUUCGCUGCAGCCUGUGGCGCCGGCAGGAUGGGCAAGUGUCGCGGCCUUCGUACCGCCAGGAAGCUCCGCAGCCACCGCCGCGACCAGAAGUGGCACGACAAGCAGUACAAGAAGGCCCACCUGGGCACCGCCCUGAAGGCCAACCCUUUCGGAGGGGCUUCCCACGCCAAGGGCAUCGUGCUCGAGAAAGUAGGUGUUGAGGCUAAGCAGCCCAAUUCUGCUAUCCGGAAGUGUGUCCGUGUCCAGCUCAUCAAGAAUGGCAAGAAGAUCACGGCUUUCGUGCCCAAUGAUGGCUGCUUGAACUUCAUUGAGGAAAACGAUGAGGUUCUGGUUGCUGGAUUUGGUCGCAAAGGUCAUGCUGUUGGUGAUAUUCCUGGAGUCCGCUUCAAGGUUGUUAAAGUAGCCAAUGUGUCUCUUUUGGCCCUGUACAAAGGCAAGAAGGAAAGGCCAAGAUCAUAAAUUUUCAUGAGGAAAACACAAUAAUAAAUUUCAUAAUCAAAUAAGA